CCACUAGUUUAGUUAUUCGCGCUUUCCAGUCCAGUUUCACCAAUUCGUUUUUUGAACAAGUAAUCGGACCCCCCCCCCCCCUUCUCUCUCUUCUAUGGCAGCAGUUGUAUAAGCUAGUGGAGGAGAGAGGUUUGACACGUCACCGGCGAUGAAUUCUUCCGCUUCAAAAUCAGCAACUGACGCCGCAUCUGAAUCAUCUUCCUCUUCUUUCGCUGCCGAGACGCCUGAUUUCAACGAUCACUCAAAUGCUUCUCCCAUUCCUAACCGUGAAAUCGAUUAUCAGUCACCGGCAGCAGCGAGGAGUGAAGAGUAUAGGCAACUGUUUCGUCUUCCCCUGGAAGAAGUCCUUGUACAACACUUUAAUUGUGCAUACCAAGGAAGUAUUCUUCUUCAGGGGCAUAUGUACCUUUUUGUACAUUAUAUUUGCUUUUAUUCAAAAAUAUUUGGAUUUGAGACAAAGAAAAUAAUCCCUUUCCAUGAAGUUACGAGUGUAAAAAGAGCAAAGACAGCUGGGAUCUUCCCUAAUGCAAUAGAAGUUUUUGCCGGAGGAAAGAAGUACUUCUUUGCAUCAUUUCUCUCUCGUGAGGAAGCUUUGAAUCUCAUCAAGGAUGGAUGGUUACAACAUGGUAAUGGUUCCAAUUUGAUCGCAGAACAACAGGAUUUAAUUUCUGUAUCCAGUAGCCUAGAUAAUGGACCUGUUGUGAUUGAAAAGGUGAAUAGCUUCAAGCAAACCAGUGAAUUAGAUUCCCCUGACAGUAGACAAAAGGCUACUGCUCCUUCGCCUGAUUCUGAAUUUUCACCAUCCGUUGAAAAGGGCAGUGUCUCCAUGAUACAAAUUCAAGUAGCAGAUGAAUUGGAACAGGAUGUUGAACUAGUUAGAAACACCGACCCUUCAUCUUCAGCAACUUUGGCAUGGAAUGUGGAAAAUUUCAACGCACCUCAGAUACGUGAAUCUUUUAAAGAAGUUGGACAGACAAAGUUUCCGAUAAAGGUAGAGGAGUUCUUUUAUUUGUUCUUUUCAGAUGCUGCUGCUAAAUUUGUUGAAUCUUUUCAUAGUAGAUGUGGAGAUAAAGAUUUCAGGUGCUCUUUAUGGUACAUAGAUGACAAAUCUGGGCAUGCUCGUGAUGUCUCUUUUCAGCAUCCUAUCAAAAUAUAUUUUGGUGCAAAAUUUGGCAGCUGCCAGGAAGUCCAGAAAUUUCGAGUCUACAGAAACAGUCAUUUGAUUAUCGAGACAUCACAGGAGAUCAGUGACGUCCGUUUUGGAGAUUGUUUUCGCGUUGAGGGACUAUGGGAUGUGACUAGAGAUGGUGAUGGAUCGAAUGAAGGAUGCAUUUUGCGGAUAUAUGUGAACGUUGUAUUCAGCAAGAAAACUAUUUUUAAAGGGGGGGGAUCAUUGAAAUACACUGUUCUUUGGCUUUGUGAAAUACUUCUUUAACCAAUCUGCGGAUGAAUGGCACUCUCUGAACCUGUGGCAAAUCCUGACCAGCCAACUCUUCCUCAACAGGAUUCAAUAAUGUUGAUCUUUAUCCCUUAUCUCAUGGAACUGAAGUGUAAUAUUUUAUGCAAAUCUUUUGCAUAAAAUAUUUUUGUAGUGAGAUCAUUUCUGCUUCUACAGAUAAACACGGGUUUCAUCAUGGAAAUGGUGCCAAAUAAGAUUAACUCAUUCUAAUUUCAAUACUGAGCUUCUUGUAUUGGAAAGAGCAUUAACUUGGAAAGUGCCACGAUAAUUAGGAAAGACAAGUCUGAAUGAACAGGAAUUUUAUUGAAGAAUAAAAUUUGACCAGAUAUGGUAAUCAUACUGGCAUACACUGGAAGGAUGUUCACUUCUCUCUAAUGAUCUUUUCUUUCUUUCUUUCCUUUUUUUUUAAUCUGAAAUACAAAUAAAAUGAGCUACAGUUCCUGGAAUUCUUUGCCUCGCAAUGGCUUUAUAUACUUCUUAUAAUUGGGGAUUAUGGUUAAUUGCUUGAAAUCAAGUCUCAGGAUGUGCCUCAUAAACUCUUAUUAUGCACUUACAUUCAUUUAUAUAACCUUCAUUUUCAUAGAUGCUUUUACAAUCGUCAAAACAGCGCUGUACCUGUUUUCAUAAAUUUCGUGGACUGGAUUCAUGCCUAAUGCCUUGCAAUA